AUGUCGCAUUUCAGUGUUCUAUCCGAAUUUGAAAAAUCAUCGGACAGGACAGAAACUAAAACAUAUUUUCGGGGAAUUUGGUCCAAUGAUACACCCGGAGAAUGUGAUGAAGAAGUUCAAAAUGAAUUCAUAAAUGUUCCAGAAGAAAAUUUGGAGGGAAGCAGUGUUACCUUCCCAAACGAAAUACCGAAUGAUUAUAAUCUGACGAAGAUGACCCUCUCAAAUAACGUUGCUCACGACUUUGAGGAUGACUCCAUCAUACCAAAAAACGUGGAAAAAACGUGCAAAAAAUCAAGUUUCAUUUGCUCUGAAAAUCCACAGGAAACCGAUAUGACUUUCAAAAACGAAAACUAUCAUGGAUCAUCUAAAAAGACAGAACACCAAAACGAUGAAAAUAAAGACAAAAAAGAGUUAACAAAGAGAACUGACAAAAAAGAUAUAGAAAAGAAGAAAAACAAAAAAGAUCCAACUUCUCACUCUGAAAACUCAAGUAAACAUGCCUUUUCGAACAUGGAUUUAAAUCAACUUGAUUUUGAAACUGAUGCCACUGAUUUUUUCGAUAGUGAAGACGAGUAUUUUGAAACAUACAGAAGCAAUAUUAAGAGCGAUAGUAUAUUUGCUUUCCAUGGAAUGAUUCACUCUCCUUCCACAACACCUCCGGAAAGUGGGAGAUAUAGUAAAGGAGUAUCACAAUACAAUAACAUGCCAGUAUUUGUGAAUUCCUUGCAGAAAUUUGCAAAAGCCAAUGGAUUUACUGUCCAUGACGUUAUGGCAGAUGGAAACUGUCUUUUUAGAGCCAUCGAUGAUCAGCUUGCUGUUAAUGGAAUCUUUGGCAACUCCCCUGAUUCACUGCGGAAAAACGCUUUAAAGUUUCUUCGGGAAAAUCCAUAUCAAGAAGAUGGUUCGCACACGGAGUCCUUCCUUUUCACCGAGAACUGGGAACAAUACUUGUUUCGAAUGGAGCAAAAUACGGAAUGGUGUGAUCACGUCAUCCUUAAGGCUGCUGUGGAUGCCUUGGGUCUACAUGCUGUAGUCUUUAAUGUAUAUAGGGAUGACAUCAGACGCACAGAAGUUCUUUGCAGAAACCCGUCUGAUGGCAAUAUAACAGUUUAUCUCGGUCAUUUUGGAGAAUUUCACUAUCUUAGCUUAAGACCUGAAAACUGGGAGAAAGAGUGGCAAUACAAAGCACUGAUGUUCAGACAACAACUACUCACUAGACAAAUUGAAAGUAUCCAAAGUAACGAGAGAAACGGUUUAAAAGACUUCCACAGAAUAAAAUCAAACUGUGGGCUCCGAACAGAGAUGAAAGGUGAUCGGAAACACUCGGACCUUAAAAAUUUCGGAUACACAGUAUGUCCAGUUUAUGGUUUGAAAGACCUUGAUAUGGAAGAAAAUGAAGAAUCACUGCAUCGUCUUGUAGAGGAUCCAUUUUACAUUGAUACACGAACAGGACUUCCACUUCAACAUUUAACGUAUCUCAUUAAACAUUUGAUUCCUCCUAUGAUGAAUCUCGUUAAUUCUUAUGCACUUCCGCCAAUACAAAAGGACGGAAUAAUGUUUCAGUAUAUAGGAUCAUUCGCAACGGGAACAUAUGUAUUCUUAAAGGAUAUUACUCGAGGAUAUACAUUACGAAACAAGGUAAAAAAAGAUGCUACUGUCGUUGCCUUAAGACCGCUUACAUCAGCAAUUUUAUUCGAUACAAAGGACACACAUCCCGGUUACCUACGAUUAAAAAUUUUAUCUUCGUUGCAUACAUUCCCAGAAAAGAGUUUGUAUCGAAAUGAAGACAGUGUUUUUUUAAAAAGAUUAGAUGCCCCUGAUGAGAUGUCUUUACCAGAGAGGUCAGAAAGAUGUUUUACGGGGUUCUCUAGUGGUGAGUUACCUCCCGCUGUAGAAGAGUGGCGAAAUAGACGAAGGAAAUUCCAGUGGCCGUCACACAAUGUGAUAGCUGCUAUUCAUAAUGCAGGAUGUACCAUAAUUCCAAAACAUCACCCAAAAAGCUGUAAUCCGGAAAUCGAGUGGAAAUUCAACUUCUCCAGCUCUGAAGUAGUUAUCUUUGAAUGUGGUCUUACGGAAAAGCAAUUGCGCGGAUUUGAUGUAUUACAAAUACUUAUAGAACACAGCACAUGUCAUUUUGGACGUGGAUUAAAAUUGAAGCAUACUAAGGCAAUAUUUUUCAACUGCUGCGAGCAGAUUCCUGUUAAAGCAUGGGAGACGAACUUCAGUGGGUGUAUUCUUUACGCUAUUGCAUUUUUGUCAACUUGUCUAAGAAAAAAGAAUCUGCCUCAUUAUUUCAUUCAGUCAUGCAAUUUGAUUGAGAACUACACGGAAGUAGAUCUUGAAGCCAUACUUAUUCAAAUAGAGGCUAUACGUGUGUUUCCAGUACAGACUAUACAAUAUCUUGCUGAAAAUUAUGGAUACACAUACGGAGCAAACCUAUCAAGGUUUAUUUUACAAGAUUGUAGAAGAUUUGCAUCAAAUAGAGACAUACUGUCAACUUAUCAUGAUGUCUUCGUUCCUGGAACAAUCAGGACAAUAAAAUUUUUAACCAGACAGGGAUAUUACGAAGCAGCUUUUUAUCUUCUCCUUGAUACCUAUGAGGUACAUUUGUGCUCUAUAUAUGCCAAACCUAACGAUUUGAAUUUCAAUUUUGCAGAAUUUUUCUGUAGUGCUCUCGGCGAAAUUCAACAGGAAGCCACUAAGACCAUUUUGGCCAAAAAAUUUGAAAACAAAUAUGGCAUGAACAUCCUGAAUUCCGUCAUGAACACAGAUGGUCUUUUUGUAAAAGAUAUAUUACCAUGGGAGGUAAAUUACCAUAUUGCCAACCUGCAUAUACCAAUGGAGAAAACGUCUAGUUUCGAAUCAGUUGGCGAAUUCUUUUACAAAUUUAGUAAAACUGAGGUUAGGAGAUUAAACAGUUACUUAGCAGAGCUAGGAAUUUCGGAAGCAAUUCAGUGUUUCGAUAGAGCUAUUCUAGACGGAACUAUGAUUGAUAUUGAAAUUGACGACGAAGCUUUAAAAAAGGAUAUUCAAUCUCAGAAGUCAAAAAAUACGAAAAGGCUUAAAGAAAAAUUAAGAGAUUGCUACUUGCAUACUUUCUGCAUCUCAAAAAUGGAAAGCAAAUAUCAACCGCUCGAUAUGUAUAUGCCUGCAAUAGAAGAAUUAUGCAAAGAAUUCCCAGAAAUGAGUGGAGUCGUAAGUCAUAUGUACGGAUACUUGCGACGUCCUAGUAAACAAAGGGAAUAUGAACAGUAUUUUGAUAGUUUCUUGGGGACAGGUGAAGUGUACAAAGGGUCAUCAAAAUUGAAAAAAUAG